GGCACCGGCGGCGGCGGCGGCGGCGCUCGGCGAUGGCGGAGUCCGGAGGGGCCGAGUUCGGUGCGGAGCGGCCGAGCAGCAUGGCUGACAAGAACAGCACCCUGAAAUGCACGUUCUCUGCUCCUGGCCACAGCACCACGCUGCUGCAGGGACUGGCCUCGCUCCGAGCCCAGGCUCAGCUGCUUGAUGUCAUCCUCACUAUAAAUAAUGAAGUGUUUCAGGUUCAUAAAGUUGUCUUGGCUGCCUGCAGUGACUAUUUCAGGGCCAUGUUCACGGGCGGGAUGAGAGAAGCCAGCCAGGACGUGAUCGAGCUCAAAGGCGUGUCCGCCAAGGGCCUGAAGCACAUCAUCGACUUCGCCUACAGCGCCGAGGUCACCCUGGACCUCGACUGCAUCCAGGACGUGCUGGGAGCCGCCGUCUUCCUGCAGAUGGUGCCGGUGGUGGAGCUGUGCGAGGAGUUCCUCAAGUCGGCCAUGAGCGUGGAGACGUGCCUCAACAUCGGCCAGAUGGCCACCACCUUCAGCUUGGCCUCCCUCAAGGAAUCCGUGGACGCCUUCACCUUCAGGCACUUCCUGCAGAUCUCAGAGGAGGAGGAUUUCCUCCACCUGCCCCUGGAGCGCCUGGUGUUCUUCCUGCAGAGCAACAAACUCAAGAGCUGCAGCGAGAUCGAGCUGUUCCGCGCCGCCGUGCGCUGGCUGCAGUUCGAGCCCGCGCGCCGCGCCAGCGCCAGCCAGGUGCUCUGCCACAUCCGCUUCCCGCUCAUGAAGUCCUCGGAGCUGGUGGACAGCGUGCAGACCCUGGACAUCAUGGUGGAGGACGUGCUGUGCCGCCAGUACCUGCUGGAGGCCUUCAACUACCAGAUCCUGCCCUUCCGGCAGCACGAGAUGCAGUCGCCGCGCACGGCCAUCCGCUCGGACGUGCUGUCCCUCGUCACCUUCGGCGGCACGCCCUACACCGACAACGACCGCACCGUCAGCUCCAAGGUCUUCUGCCUGCCCGACGCCGGCGGGCGCCAGUUCCGCGAGCUGACCGAGAUGGAGGUGGGCAGCAGCCACUCCUGCGUGGCCGUGCUGGACAACUUUGUCUACCUGGUGGGAGGGCAGCAGCUGCAGUACCGCAGUGGGGAGGGCGCCGUGGACGUUUCCUAUCGCUACGACCCUCACCUCAACCAGUGGCUGCGCAUCCAGGCCAUGCAGGAGAGCAGGAUCCAGUUCCAGCUCAACGUCCUGCGCGGGAUGGUUUACGCCACCGGCGGCCGCAACCGCUCGGGCAGCCUGGCCUCGGUGGAGAAGUACUGCCCCAAGGACAACGAGUGGACCUACGUGUGCUCCCUGAAGCGCAGGACGUGGGGCCACGCCGGGGCCACGGUGGGGGACAAGCUCUACAUCUCGGGGGGCUACGGAAUCUCCGUGGAGGACAAGAAGGCCCUGCACUGCUACGACCCCGCCGCAGAUCAGUGGGAGUUCAAGACGCCCAUGAACGAGCCCAGGGUGCUGCAUGCCAUGGUCAGUGCCAACAGCAGGAUUUACGCCCUGGGAGGUCGCAUGGACCACGUGGAUCGGUGUUUCGACGUCCUGGCCGUGGAAUAUUACGUCCCCGAGACGGACCAGUGGACCACGGUGAGCCCCAUGCGUGCGGGGCAGUCGGAGGCCGGCUGCUGCCUCCUGGAAAAAAAGAUUUACAUCGUGGGGGGCUACAACUGGCACCUGAACAACGUGACCAGCAUCGUGCAGGUCUACAACACCGAGACGGACGAGUGGGAGAGGGACUUGCACUUCCCAGAGUCUUUUGCUGGCAUCGCCUGUGCCCCCGUCAUCCUCCCGCAGGUGACGAGCCAGAGGUGACUCCCGGGGACUCGGCUGGGGGAGAGGGAAGGACAGAACAGCUCCAAAAAGUUCCUGCUGGGGAGUGCUGGCAAGUUGGUUCUGUCAGCCAGCAGGGCAGACUGAGCAGAUGUUACAGCUGGGAAAAGCUUUUCUCUCCU